AGUCUUGCCUAAUAUUACUGUCCCGUUUUCCUAUCUGUGACUACGUGAGAGACUCCAGGCCAUGUCACUAGCGCCUCAGGCAGCUUCAUCCAUCAGAUCCAUUUCCAGCCUAGCGCACUUGUCCCUUGUGAUUCCAUGUAAUUCACACUUCACGUCUACCACACUUUUCUUCUAUUGCAACUCACAAUUCUCUUGCAAAGACACCCCGACGGCGCCCAAGGCUAUACGCCCUCGCAUUAUCUUGGUCCGCACGUCCAAUUGUAAUACUUUACAGCCCCGCACAUGUCGAAAGAGGAUCGGGUAUAACUUACCCAUUUCAUCAGCUGUGGCGUUUGGCUUGACGAGCUGACUGGCCAAUUCGACGGGCUGAAUACGCCGCAUCCUACCAGUUUUGAAUCCUGUUGCAGCCGACCGUUGCACACACAAUGCCAUGUGGUACCCAUAG